AUGGAUGAUUUUUAUAAACCUCCAUAUUCAUCAGCAGCUUCAACGAUACCACCAGUACCACCUCACCCUGCUUCGUUGGGAAAUGUUGAAGUUGUUAAAAUCUUGAUGAAUGCUAAUGUUAACGUUGAAUGUUGUAAUAGAGAAAAUGCAACCUCUCUUAUCAUUGCGGCUUAUAAUGGUCAUGCUGAUGUUUGUUGUGAACCUACCGAUCACGCUCAAGGUGCAAGUGUGCACAUUUUAAACAAGAAAUGUGUCGGUUGUUGUUGGAGCAUGAUGCAGACAGAUCCUUACGACGUUGGACAUUUUGACUUGGCAAAUAUGAUCGAGAAUAACUGGAAUAUCCUUUCAAGGAGUACCAGGGAGAGGUUUCUUACAACGAUACCGCAACACCCAAUUGAAAAGAAUAUUUUGAUUCAAAACAUUUAUCCAGAGAUUCCAAUCAAUAAUACAAAAGGAUAUUUGAUGCCAUUAAAUCGUAAAGAUUCAAGACGAAUAAUUCAACACGAUGAGAAAAAUCAUGUAAAGGCAGCACCACAUUUAACUCCUUCGGUAUUAUUUUCAUUGGCAGUCACGGCAUGUUUUUGUAAUCCUUGCCUUUUCACCAUUGGUAAGAUGAAAGAUCCCAAUGUCGUCAAGCUUGGCGUGAAAAAAUUAAAGGAACUCGAUAUGAAAGAAACUAUCUUGAUCCUUUCAAAUGAGGAUAAGUUGCUUGGAGAAGAUAGCGUUACAGAAUGGCUUCGAGGUCUCCUCGGUAAAGAUGCAACAAGAGAGAUUCUUCAUACAAGGAGAUAUCAAAAUGUUUACAUUAAUUUAAAGCAGGAGACGUUGAAGGAACAACCGUCGAAUAGUAUAAUGACAGUCUUAUUCGCAGGAAUUCUUAAUCAAAUUCAUUUCCAUAUAGCAUUUGAUUGUUUCGAGUUUCCGAUACCACAGUCAUAUUUAGCCAUAGGAGAAGAUGGCACACCAGAAGAACGAAAAGGGCUUAAAGCCGGUAAUCGUGGUAAACGAGAUUCACAGCUUAUAUUAAUAAAAUGGCUUAGCAAUAUAUUUUUUAACGAACGUAUGACACCAUUGGAAUUCGAAUUAUUUGAAAAAGUACGAACAUUAACGGGAGUAACGCCUUAUAAAUAA